UCCACACACUCCAGUCCACAGGGUCAGGGUUCUUGAUGAGAACUAGUUGGCGAUUUUAGGCGCCCGGCCGGCAGCCAGUAGUGACCAUCAUGGAGCACCUUCAGCCGCUGCCCACCGAUGAGGAUGUCAACUGGGACAAGCUGCUGGAGAACAUCCUAAUGUCGGCUGACACCAUCCUGUGGGGUACCACACCUGCCUGUCCUCUGCCCACUACCACUGUAGUGAGUGAGCCCAAAGAGGCGAUAGAUUCGCUGCCCCUGGGGUGGGGGCCCUCGGAAACGGACGACGAACUCGCCAACGUUCUAGACGACUUUUGGUUGCCCGACUACCUGGGCGGCUCCAUCAACAUCCAAGACCCGGAGGACAACGUCACGGUGACGAACCAGCCUCCUCCCGGGAGGCUUCACGUCGAGCCGGCGAUGUGCGGGGCCCGGACGGCGUCCUCCUCUGACUCCGCUGAACCUCCAACAGACGCCUCGCAGUCCAUCCAGCAGGAAGCGGAUCAGCCGUAUAUCAAGAAGCCGCCCAACGCAUUCAUGCUGUUCCGCAAAGAGCAGAGUCCCAACGUCGUCGCCGAGUUCAACAUCACCAACUCUGCGGUGGUCAAUAAAAUUUUGGGGAAGAUGUGGAAGUCGCUGCCAAAGAAGUUGCAGGCAAAGUACUACCAGCAAGCCGAAGAGCACAGAAUCCUCCACAACCUGCAACAUCCGGAUUGGUCCUGCACGGACAACUAUGGCAAAAAGAGGAAGCGUGAUCGCAGCAGCCACAGUGCUGAGGAACCGCUGUGUCAACACUACCACAAGAGCGUGGUGGCCGGGGCACACGCACACAUAAACGGAAACGCGUGGCUGCUGACAGACAUCACCACGGAUUGGGUUCCGUAACAUGAAGACACGGCGCAGGUCAAGACCGGACCUUGUGUCUGAGACACAUUCACGAAUGGUGCUGGAAUGCAAGACGAUAACCGUUACGGACAGUAUUGCGUAAUUCUGGUAUGGUAGGGAGGGGGGGUCCAGGCACGGUUUUAGGGGUCACUGACCACUCACUAGAACCGCCAUUGGACAGAAGUUUUGUUUUUCAAAUUGAUGUUGUCACAAUUCCCGCAUAUAGUUUUUUUUUUUUUUUGUAUGGUUUAUCAUGGGUGUGUACAUUUUCUAUCAAUUUGUAACCAUAUACCCUGAUGCUUGCCCAUCACUUAAUAACAGGACUGAUUACAACCAGUGAUGAUGAUGAUGCUUUAUUUGUGUUAUUCAUACUUCUAAUAGUGGAGAUUCGACACUCAAUGCCGGUUCACAUUGUUCGUGCAAUUCAUUUGUUUGGACAUGACACAGAUAAAAACAGUGAUAACCGACAACAAAUACGUACAUUAAUUACUAUGCGCAUGUCAGUCCCUUACAUAUUUGACAGCUUUCACGAUUUUAAGGAAAUAGUCUUACUCUAUGUAGUGCAACACAUGGCUGUAGGUCUUUACAAGCAGAAAGAUGUGUUCUCAGUGGAGCAUGCACUUUGUCUCCUAGCGCAAGCGUGCUUUGUGCAUCAAGGAUAAUCAGCUUGAGCUUGUGCGCCCCAAUCGAGUGUGUUUUACGAAAUGAGCUAAAAUGCUAUCCUAGCUGUAUUGUAUAGAGCUGUGCACUUCCCGACACACCCUUUAGCGACCCUGAUUCAAAUGGGUACUUUAAAAAUCAUCGACCCUUGACGGAACAAGCCGAUAGUCCCAACGAUUUCGGAGGAAUUGUGGAUGCAAUGACCAAACUAAAAAUAAACAAUGAAUAAAUAUAUUUUAAAUAGUACAAGAUUCUGAAGCAAUAUUUUUAAAGGAAGUUUUUAACUUUACAGUAAACUCAUCUCUCAAGGGGCACUCAUAAGAGUGUGGACCCAAUACCAUUAUAAUUUUCUGUAUUUUGUAUGUUUUGUUAAUGACAAUCUUAAAAUGAUCAUUACUCAAAUGUAUAAUAAUUGCAAUCGUUUUGUAUCCAUUGCAUAUUUAGACAAACCUGUAAAAAUAGUUAGCAAUAGUUACUGUAAAGGAUCAAAUAAAAUACCAAACGCAAAGUCAUCCAAAGUG